AUAGCCAAGCAGGGGUUUGCAGGCGUGGAGCGUGUUCUUGCUGUACCAGAGCUGCGUUACCGCACCGUGACGCUAGCUGUCGACCUCACUGGAAACUUUUUUACCAUCGCGAUCCCACUCCACUCUUUCUCCCUUCACUGCCGCCCACUUUGGGUCAACUGACCUCCACGCGCCCUCCGCACCUACAACGCCCCGACAACCUCUCCGAAUUGAUAGCCAACGAUCCUAUCGCCAUCGGGCACCAAAGCCAACUGGCCGCCCACCAUGUCACAUUUCCACGCCGCCCUAUUCCUCCCAUAUACGGUGGACUUCGACAAGCCCCAGCAGUCGCAAGCUUCCACCCCCGUAACAGUUGUCCCAGCUACUACGGAGCUGCAUCGCAAGAACUCUAUCGGCAGCGCCAACGAUGCCGGUCAAGGCAGCAUCCUGAGGGACAACGCGCCUCCGGGCAUUACGCUCCCAAAGACACCCGCAGCUAUGCUCGCACAAGAGGACUAUUUUACGCCCACGCAACCGAGUGCAACUGCUCACUUCCUACGCCCGAACGAUACCAAGACACUCGUCCGCAGCGAUGCACACGUCCCGGAGUGGGGAGCUGGUGGAAUGUUCUUCAACCAACCGCGCUCGAGAGCCGGUCGUCCAGCAGACACCGUUCUAGAGUACCAGAAGAACGAGGAGCGGCUGAAGCACCAGCGCGAGGCGUCCCGUGAGAGGGCCCGCUCGCUCUACAAGUCGAACUCUGGCAAUCGGAAAACUGAUCCUCGUUGGGAGCAGACCUACCGCAUAGUGCCUGCGAUUCAGGGUAACGGCGGCCUUACGAAUGCUGUCCGCGCAGCAGAUGCUGCCGGCACCACCCAAGAUGUUCUCCAUGUUGGUCUUGUCGGAUUUCCCACCGACGAGAUUGAUGAUGAUAAACAGCAAGAGAUCUAUGAAAAGCUGGAGGAGGACCACGACGCUCUGGCCGUCUUCGUGAGCAACAAAGACUACGAUGGCCACUAUGCUCACUACUGCAAGACCAUCCUCUGGCCGGUCUUCCACUAUGUCAUUCCGGACCACCCAAAGAGCAAGGCUUUCCUGGAUCACUCAUGGAAAUUCUACCGAAACGUGAACCAAGCCUUUGCGGACAAGAUUGUCAAGAAUUACAAGCGUGGCGAUACUAUCUGGGUCCACGACUACCACCUCUGCCUUGUCCCGGCGAUGAUCAGAGAGAAGCUUCCAGACGCAAAGAUCGGUUUUUUCUUGCACACCGCGUUCCCCUCUUCUGAGGUCUUCCGCUGCUUGGCAGCCCGCACACAGUUGCUGGAGGGUAUGCUCGGCGCCAACCUGGUCGCCUUCCAGACUCCGGAGUACGCCCACCAUUUCCUGCAGACGUGCUCUCGCAUUCUUGCAGUCGAGGCGAUCGAGGACGGCGUCCAGCUCGAGACUCGAUUUGUCAAUGUUUACGCCUCCCCCAUUGGUGUAGACCCCCACAAACUUGCAGAAGGCCGGAAAGAGAAGGAAGUCCAGGACUGGAUCAACACACUCACCGAGCGCUACCAAGGGAAGCAUGUGAUUGUCGCUCGCGACAAGCUAGACAGCAUUCGUGGCGUUCGUCAGAAGCUUCUGUCCUUCGAAGUCUUCUUGAAGAAGAACCCCGAGUGGAGGGAUAAGGUUGUUCUGAUCCAGGUCGCUACUUCAACGCGGGAAGACCCCGAGCUGGCCUCCACCGUGUCCGAGAUUGUCACGCGUAUCGACGCUCAGUACUCUACCUUGUCGCACAACCCGCUCGUGUUCCUCAGACAGGAUAUAUCUUUCCAUCAAUAUCUCGCCUUGUGUUCGGUCGCAGACGCCAUGGUCAUCACCAGUCUGCGCGAAGGCAUGAACCUGAGUGCUCACGAGUUCGUCAUUUGCCAGGAUGGUGCUUACGGCAACAAGAAACACAGCCCACUGAUUCUCAGCGAGUUCACCGGCAGCUCCUCAAUAUUCGAAGGCGCCGAGCUUGCGGUCAAUCCCUGGCACUACCAGGGGAUCGCCGAUGCUUUCAAGCAGGCCCUCGAGAUGAGUGAAGAGGAGAAAGCCACUCGUUACAAGAAGCUACACGACAACGUGUUGCACCAUACGGGCGAGUAUUGGAUUAGGAACCUGACCAGCAAGCUCGACCAAGUUUUCGAGGAACAGUUCCGUCGUGACACCAUGUCAAUCCCCCGGUUAUCCGCAGCGAACUUGAUCAGGGAUUACGAGCUCACCAAGAAACGUUUGUUCAUUCUCGACUAUGAGGGCACUCUGGCCAACUACGGUUCUGUCAAUAACACGGUCGUUACCAACGUUGACAAGGUCAUCGACAUCCUGAGCGACAUCCUAAAUGACAAGAAGAAUGCUGUUUAUGUCAUGAGCGGACGUACCGUCGAGGAGCUGGAGUUGGCUUUCAACCGCCUCCCCAACCUUGGCCUCAUCGCCGAAAACGGCUGCUUCGUUCGCGAUGGUAACUCAGACGAAUGGAUACAGUUCCCCGACGAGGAGAAGACACAGACCUGGAAGAACGCUAUCAAGGACAUCCUCCAAUACUACGUCGAGCGUGUUGAGGGAAGCUGGGUCGAGGAGCAUCAAUGCUCACUCAUUUACCACUACCAGAGUGAGACCGAUUCCGCCAGCCGUCAAGCUGGUGAGUGCGCGAACCAGAUUAACGAUGCUUCGGCGUCGCAGCGUGUGAGGGCCAUUCCUACCAAGGACUCCGUCAUCAUCGAGCCUGCCGACUACGACAAGUCCACCGCCGCGCAGCAUAUCUACGACAGGUACCUCGAGAAUGAUCGUGCCGAGUUCUUGUUUGUCGCGGGCAACGACCGUGAUGACGAGAUUGUGUUCAAGUGGGGCCAGGAACUUAAGGACAGUCGGAAGGUCCGCUGUGUGACCACCGUGACCGUCGGCGAGAGGAACUCUCUCGCUAUGGCCACUUUGCCCAACGGUACGACCGGUCUCCUGAGCGUCCUCAACAAGAUCUCCAAGGUCAAGACCGCCCCCAAGGGCACUUGAUUGAUUUCUCUGAACGUACAUCCGGCGGCGCUCUCUGCUUUUUCUCCUUUGAAGGAUCUCUGCGCGUCUGCUUAGAUUGUCUUCACGACCGGCGUCAAGCCACGUUCUCAUUUCUUUCCUUCCCCCUUUCGAGGGACUCGCACGAUACCUCUUCGCGAAUUUAUGAAUGAUGGUUAAGGCAACACGAAUCUCAUGGUUAAGGCAUAGCGUGCAUGGACGAGUACCUCCGGUAAAUCACGAACAUAGUUAUGGCGUCGGAAUGAGUCGUUCGACAUAUGGAUUAUGGAUGGAUGGGUGGGUGAGUGGCAUGGUGUGGUGUCGACGCGCUACGGGUUUGCGAAGGGUUAGACAUUGCCUAUAGCGUCCCCUUGUGGACGGUCGUAGUUCCAUUCCAUCCGGUGAAUCA